CCAGAUGUCUUAUAAAUGGGGCAGUGACCCCAUCUUCUCACCGAUCGUGAGUGACAAGCUGAGCUGCUGUUUAAUUAGGUGCUAGGAAGCACUAGCUAGGGUGUCCAAUUCCAUGGCUCACAGUAGUAGUGUUGCUGUUAUCCCAAACCCAAACUCAUUUUCAAUGACAAUAUCUCACUUGAUCACCGUCUCCAUCCUUUUUUUCUUGGCAGUUACCGUUCCGGCUGCCGGAGAAGAAGAAAUAGAUGGGUUUUCCUUUGGGAGAAGAGUUGAUCGCAGAUUGUUGGGUCUGAAGAAAGAAAAGGUGAGCCACUUCCGUUUCUUCUGGCACGACAUAGUUAGUGGCCGGAACCCUACGUCGGUACCGGUGGUUGUACCGGCGUCGAACACGUCGAGAAGCACUGCCUUUGGGCUGGUUAGGAUGAUCGACAACCCUCUGACCUUGGGGCCGAAGAUGAGCUCGAAAAUGGUGGGGAGAGCGCAGGGAUUCUACGCGUCGGCGUCGCAGCAGGAGGUGGGUUUGAUAAUGGUGAUGAACUUCGCGUUCAUGGAAGGGAAGUACAACGGGAGCACCAUCACCGUGCUGGGGCGGAACACGGUGUUUUCCAAGGUCAGAGAGAUGCCGGUGGUCGGCGGGAGCGGCCUCUUCCGCUUUGCUCGGGGCUAUGUUCAGGCCAGGACCCACGACUUUGACCUCACCACCGGAGAUGCCAACGUCGAGUACAAUGUCUAUGUCAUGCAUUAUUAAAUCAAAUGUAUUAUUUAUUUAUUUGAUGCC